AUGAAGAAGUCGUCUACGUUACCGAAAAAGAAAAAAAUACCUUGCGAAGAAUGUCGAGAUCAAAAGCGCAAAUGCAAUGGCGAGAAACCUUGCGAAAGAUGCCAUAAAUUCAACUUAUGCUGCGUUUAUACUUCAACAAGGUCUCCCAGAGACGAAGAGUUUAUUGAAUUAGCACGAAAGCAAGCCCUACUUGCACAGAUAGAAACCAUGAACGAUCAAAUGAAAGAAAUGGAGUCUUUGAUGUGGGAAAUGAAACACUCCAACAACAGCUUUAAGAGCAAUAAUAGUGCAACUAGCGCAACAUUCGCUAACAGUUUACCCUCCCUGACAGAUGAUAGUGACAAGAGUGUGUCUAGUCAGGAAGAUGAUAACUCAGCUAUUUGCAAUGCUUCGGUUGAUACUUAUUCAUACUCUUACCCCAAUAAACGCACGAAGCUUCUUUGUUCGUCCGACAAGAAUGAUAUAUCAGCUUACGUUACUAGCAAUACAGAAGUUACAGCCAUCAAAACCCCAUAUAAACCAUUAAACUCACCAAUUUUCACAACAGCCUCAUUGGAUGCAUCUAUAUCGCAGCAACAGCAACAGCGAGAGCAACAACAACAGCAGAAGCAGCAAGAUAAGCCUUGGUUAUUGACGUUCAAACGAGGCAAUUUAUGUAUUGAGACCAAUGUAAAAACACAUUCUGAAUUAUUAGACAAUUUACGUCGAAUGAUGCAGACGACCCAUCUUUCCACUGAAAUUCCGCCUAUGCUAGCUUUUUCUGUCAAGCACAACACUCUGAUUGGUGUACUUAACGACCUUGUACGUAAAAGGUACGGCAAAACCCAUUGCAAAAACGUCGCCCGGUCCGUACAAAUCUUUGUUAUACCUGAUAUCUCCAAUGUCGAUACAUUGACGGUUUCCCGCGCUCCUGACAGUAUUCAAGUAACUGCUCUGAAACUCAUACGUGCUUAUUUACGAUGCCAACAUUUACAGCAACUUGCCAUUCACGCCCGUACUUUCAUUCGACUAUUUAUGGAUAGUGGUUCAACCAUCGAUCAAUCCCCAGCUGCCAUGGCUCUAUGUGCUGCUAUUUGCACUAUGCGCUGCAAACAUAUUGCUGAAUGCUUACCUUCUAUAUCCUUGGUUGAAUAUGGCAAAUUUUAUUUUGAAAGGGCGAGGGAUCUGUUAUCAGAUCGUUUCGACCAAUUUGAUUUGGAGACUCUUACAUGUUACACAUUCAUGACAAUUUAUAAAAUGACAAUGUUACACACAGAGGAGGCAUCAUUAUAUGCUGAUAUGGCGGAGCGCAUCGCUUGCAUUUUGGACCCAUUCUAUUCCAACAUUUUAACACAGAAACAACAAAAAAAGCUGCAAUACCAUCCAGACACUCCUGAAGGCAAAAACUUCUCUUUAAAGAUCGGUGAAGCAGUUCAUUUUAUUCGUACCCGCAAUCAUCUACACCGCAUACAAACCUAUGAUCAAAUCUCACAUGCUACAGAUCCCAACAAGAACAUCAAUUUUAUUGAACAAGAUUUACCUUAUUGUACCUUAAUUCACAUGAGUGAAGGCCGGUGGGAGAUUGCUGAUGACGAUUCUAUUCAAGAAAAAUGGUUUGCGCAGAUGCACAAGUAUAUACUACAAUUACAACGAGCAGAGCACGCUGCCAGUCGAACUGCUCAAUCCUAUGAUUUACAUCACUUAAUUGGUCUAGUUAGCCACCAAGUGGAAAUGGCUAUGCGACAUUGGUAUUACAAAGUUCUUCCUCCAGAAUUUAAAUUGUCCCUGCCAUUGUUCGACUCAACAGUGAGCUGUCAAGAAUUCUUUACAACUUUGGAGAGGGAGACUGCUCAUAGUGCAAUACCAGUGUUAACAACAUUGACGUUAUACGAGGAAUGGCUUGUAUUGGCACAAAGCUACCUACCUAAGCAAACUCCUUUACCUGAAAAUGACUGGCGACUGUUAACUGAAGUAUGGCCUUCGGGUUCCUCAGUAGUAAACAUUACUAAUCGAAAAUGGAAACGCCGAGUACAGAAAUUGAUUGAUUUGCGAAAGAUCAUUGAUUUCGAAGGAACUGAUCAAGAAUACCUAGAUACCAUUAAUAGACUGCUUUGCCCAAGGGAAGAGAAAAUCAAUAGUACAGUGAUACUUUAUGCUAUUCAUGCUGCACUUAAUACAGUACGUUUAAUCAAAUACCUACGGUCCAGAUCAGGUGAUUGCUAUUUUGACAUUCGUACCCUGAUCAGCGCUUGGCAGAUGUUACUGACGGUUUCCAAACUACAACAAAUGAUGCCUUCGGAAGUACUAGAAUUUAUUCCGCGUAUCCAUAAGAAUUUAAAUGUUUGCAUGGCAAUUGUUAAAGAAGAGCUGCAAUUCCAGCCCUAUCAAGGUAAAGUAGGUGAUUAUGUCGCUGAAAUGGAAAGAGAAUUGAAGAGUCAAGUGGUCAAUAAUGAUGCAUGUGAUUGUAUUGCCUGUCCUGGCUUGUAA